UUUGUACAUCGUGAUUAAAAAUAGCAGACAGUUCGUAUUCCGCUCUCAGCAACUGAGGUACUGACUGACAAAGGAAUUUAGUGCAUUUACAUGGAAUAUAUAUAAAUUUUCUAUUUUUAUAAGCUAUAACUUUGGAUAUUAUAUUAUUUUCACAAUGCCAGCGAAUUUAUUCACAGAGACUUUACCCGUUAACACUAAUUUGGAGGAACAACGGGCACUGCACUUAGCUUUUGAGCUUUCGAUGCUUGGAUUAGAUGAAGAUAAUAACAGUUCUAAUAUGAACGACUUAAGUGAAAGUGCUGCUGAGCUUCUGAAGAAAAACAACGGCGCAAAUACAACGGAAUGUGUUCCAGUUCCAAGUUCAGAACAUGUCGCAGAAAUAGUUGGGAGACAAGGUUGCAAGAUUAAAGCAUUAAGGGCCAAGACAAACACCUACAUUAAGACACCAGUCCGUGGAGAGGAACCAGUAUUUGUUGUCACUGGGAGGAAAGAAGAUGUCAACCUGGCCAAAAGGGAGAUUCUGUCAGCAGCUGAGCACUUCAGCCAGAUUAGAGCAUCUCGGAGGAAUAGUAGUGUUUCCAGCAAUGGACCCCCUAGUCCCAGUGCUCCAGGACAAGUGACCAUUCAGGUUAGAGUACCUUACAAAGUGGUUGGUCUUGUAGUUGGACCAAAAGGUGCUACAAUUAAAAGAAUUCAGCAGCAGACCCACACUUAUAUUGUCACACCUAGUCGAGACAAAGAACCUGUUUUCGAGGUAACUGGUCUUGCAGAGAAUGUAGAUAAGGCCAAGAUUGAAAUAGAAAGUCACAUAGCAAUCCGUACUGGAGGUCAGAUCGAGGGCCAAGAAGAUGACUUCCACAACAAUGGAAUAGACUCUGGUUUUCAGGAAAUGAAUGGCAACAAUUUUCUAGCAUUCAAAUCCAUGAAUGGAUUCAAUUCCUUCACCGACUAUCAGAACACUCUCAAUGGAAGUAAGCUUAUGUCACAAUCUUCAGUAUUCAAUUUUCCACCAGUCUCAAAGAUUACAGAUUUUGCACCUCUUACAAUGAACACUGGUUUCACUAAUGGUUUCGGUAUGUAUGACAACGAUGAAGGUUUUGGAGGGUCACCACAGUUUGACCAAAUGCCACCCUCAAACUCCAUUUGGCCCGAUUCUCUCACAGGACUUGGAGGAUCCUCUUUCCAACGUCGCUGUAGUAGUUUGGGUAGUGCAGCAUCACAACACAGUCUAUCACCACCACUUACAGAUUCCAACAGCCAAUCCAGUGGUCAGAAUUCACCACCAGUCUCCGAUCUAGUCCGUCAUAUGAGUGGUGAUUUCAUUCCCUCGUCAACCACCACUGUUUCAACUGCUUUUGGAAACAUCACAACUACUGCAAGCUAUGCUCCAAGUUCAUGCGAUCAAGAUAUGAUGUCCAGUGACAGCAUUAGUGCGUCGAUCAUCAACAGUGUUGUGGAUUCACCAAAAAUGAUCGGAGGAAUAUCCUGUCCUGUUAAAGUUCCAACACUGAAUGGACGACAGUGUUUAAUGUGUUCAGAAAGUAACAUUGUUGCAGCUCUUGUACCAUGUGGACAUAAUCUGUUUUGUAUGGAGUGUGCGAGUUUGAUUGUGGAAAAGCCCGUUAUGGACCGUCUUUGUCCAGUUUGUCUCCAAACACCAACUCAGGCUAUCCGAAUACUUUCAUAACAGAUUCAGGACUUGUCAUUUAUCAUUUCAUCCAGACUUUCCUGCAUUCAACAAUCGGCCUCUAUAUGAGAUUAAGUUAUUAUAUAUGACAUGGAUAUUAUUAUUAUUUAUGAUAGGUACGGUACAUAGUUUACAUACCAAUUUGUGCAUUUAUUGUCUCCUCAGGUGUUACAAAUGUCAAUUAAAUCAUGUCAUCAUUCAUCUAUCAUUAUAACUUGAAAUUCACUUAAAAAAGGGGGAGGGGAUAAUAUCAAAAAAUGAACAUGGUCUUGUUUAGCUUCAAUCCCAAGGAAAAGCAUGGUGUUUCCUGACCAGAUUCUUUUAGUUCAAAAGUUGCAGCUAAAACCAAAGUUUUGAUUAAGUAUCAUCAUUUUAUGUUGAAUCCAUGGUUCAUGUAUUGACAUUUAUAGCACAAGAUGGUGAUAGCAUUGUUUAUUUUUUUUAUGUUGAAAUAUUAUUUUUGUACCAGUUUGGCCAAAUGAACAAUUAUUAUUUUAUUCUUGUGUUAAUAUAUUGUAGUUUAGUUUUUUUUGUUAACUUUAAGAUAUUUUUGUUGUAUUUAUUCCUGAAGAAAGGAACUCGUAAUUCGUUACAAGACUGUUAAAUGCUCAAUUCGUUAGUGCUUUUGUUUUUAUUUUGGGACGCAGGUUGUGAAAACAUGCAGCAUUUAAAACAAAGAUUUUAAGAAAGAGUGUUUACCUUUUUUUAGGAGUGAAAUAAAAUUGUUUUUGUUUUUUUAGUUUUUUUGCAUUUUUGGUUCUUAUAAAUUCAUGUAUAUGAAAUGUAGUUAAUAAUUGACUUCAAAUUCAAAUGAUUAUUCAAAUUUUAUCAAAAUAUAUGUAAUUUAGUGCAUAUAGCUUUAUUGUUGCAGAUGAAGGAAGGGUAUUGAUUUGACUGCUAACAAUUUUAUUUGGUUUAACUUUUUAUUUAUUAAGGCAUAAUGUUAAAAAGAAUCUUUCAUGUUUUGGUGCAAUUUUGUUUGUUGAUUGUCUCAUUAAAUGUUUAUAUUGUAUAUACAUAAUAUAUAUUAUUAAGAGUUAUAUAAAGCAUUUAUUUUCAUAGACAGAGCUGGAAGAGAUCUGCAUUUUAUUAACAGUUGCAAAGUAGUAUUGAUUUUUUUAUGAUCACAUUUUCCCCCUCUUAACUUCUUGGUACAUGGUAAAUUUUGUUCUAGAUUUUUUUUUGUGGUCACAUUUUUCCCUUCUAACUUCUUGAUACAUAGUAAAUUUUAAAACAGAAAUUUGAGUACAAAAACAUUUUUUUUUUUUUAGUUGAAUAUAAUUGUGAAUGCCAAAAACUAUUCUUUGGGUACUUCAAUGUUUUAUUGAGUUGUUUAAUCUACUUGCACUGUAUCAAUUAUACAUUUUUAUUUUAUAAAUCCUUAUAAAUCAUUUCAUUUGCAUCAGAUAUAUAUGUGAACUGUUCAUUUAGGGAAGAAGUUAUUCCAUUUUUAUGUAAAAGUUUGCAGAAGAAAGACCAAAGCCAACUGGAAACAGUUCAGGGUUGUAUUUUUCCAUUCCAUAUGGUUGAGUUUUUAUUUUGUUACUUGUUUUUAAGAUAUUUUAUCUUUCAUAAUCCAAAAUAUAAAUCUGCUUUUUAUCAUUACACAAAUUUUCUUUUUUUUUUUACAUUUCUAGAGAGAUUGUCUCCCCUUAUCACUUAAAAACUAUAAAAUCUAUGCAGUAAAACACAAAAUUGUUUAUUCAGUCAUUCAGAUACAUUUUCUCAUUGUAUCACAUUUUCAUGAAGAAUCCUAACAUAAUUUCAUUGUAAACAUUUUGAUUUUGUCAUUCAUAGAAGAUUUUUCAGAUCAAAUACUGUAGAGUGGAUCAUUUUCCCCUCAUUAUUCACUUCUUUUGAGUCUAAAUGUUUGACAAUUCUAUUUCUGUAUUUGAAGUCCUCAAUUCUGAUUUUCCUUAAAGACCAAGUUAACAUGCAUGAAGGUACAUGUACAUGUAUAUAAUUCUAGUAAAUAUAAUAACCAUGAAAAUUUUCCACUCUACAGUAACAUUUUAUGUACACGUACUUAAUCAAAUGGCUGUGGCCUACUGCUUUUGCAGACUUAAAUAUUCAAAGAUACUGAGAAAAAUUCAUCUGAUACAUGUAUAUGUAACCAUUAUAUUUAUACCAUUUUUGUUCAGCUUCAACUCAUCUCACAGUAUUUAUUAUAUGGUCCACUUAAUUUCAUCAUAACAAGAUAUGCAAUAAAUGCCCAUUUAUUAUUGGGUUAUUUUCUCACUUGAAUGUUUUCAGAUAAUCACAAUAUUAUUUUUGUUUUAAAUUAUAUUUUAAUCCCACUGUCAAAAGUAUUUUAUAGUACUUGAAAAAUAAAAGAAAGAUUUUAUUCUAUAUUAUUAUAUAACAAUUUUUGCACAAUAUUUUCUGUAGUACAGAAGGGUGUGUGGAUAUGUGGAUCAUUUCAGUUUAGAUUUUCAUUUUUAUAGAACCUAUUCCGAUGAAGAUAUGCAGUUAUUAUGGUUGUAUUGUAAACUUGUUACUUUUGUACAUUAAACUUAUGCAAAGGUAUUCAGCCAUUUUGUCCUUGAUGGAAACUUUUCUUUUAUAAGCUAACGUUUUUCAGUUCGGUUCAAAUUUUUACAUUUUCUUUGCCAAAAUGUUUGCUCCUAAGAACUUACAACAAUAAAGUAGUGCUUUAAAUGUAUUCAAGCAUCGAACAAGUUAGCAUUUUGUUAAAUUUUUCGUAAAGAUUUAUAUAGAAUGAUCUUCCUGACAAACCAAUAUUAUAACACUGUGAUAUAUGUUUAGCUUAUUAGCUAUGUUUACACCAGAAAUUCUGAUCAGUAAUCAGUAAAUUUAUUCUUCUGCCUAAUUACAAACUUAUAAAUGGCUCAACAAGAAUGAAAUAAAUUGCUAUGUUUUAAUUUUUCAAAUAGCAAAGUAAUUUAGAAUUGAAAUUUACAAGAGGCAGGACAAUUUGUUAUAAAUCCAGCUGCAUCUUUUUUCUGUGGAAAAGGAUGUUUGGAAUUGCAAGAUCUAUUUGACAGCUGCAUAUUCCUCUUUUUGAAAGAGCUUUUUCGUUUUAAGGAAGAGUUUUUCACGAUUUGAUCUGAUUAGAUUUUCUGGUGUGUAUGUUGUGUAGAAUCAAAUGGCUAUAUGUUGGACAAAUUUUUUACAUUUAUAUUUUAUACUAGGCUUUGCUCGUUGUGAAAGAUAAGUCGUGCCAGGGAACGUGGUUAGUGAUAUUCUAGUCUGUGUUGUAUAUAGAGCUUGUAUAUUUCAAUUUCAAUACUUCUAUGCAUUCUUUUUCUUUCUGAGUAAAUUUUGUCUGCUAGCAGAGCUAGUGUAUCUUUUUUCUAAGGAUUAUGGACUUUAAAUAAUGCUGCCUAUUCAUAAACAAGAUAAAACUAAAUUUUAUAGCUGCUAUAAGACUUCAAAAGAACAAAAUGAAACUAAAUUUAGCUACAAAAGGCUUCAAACAUUUUAAUAUUUUGCAAUAUUUGGCAAUACCAAGAACUAGCCAACAGAUACGGACUAUGUAUUUAUGAAAUACAUGAUAAAUUUAUCCAGGUUAAACAUUUUGUUUAAAUUGACAAAGUAAUCUGAUGCAGAGAAACAUCAAAGUUCAUAAUUCUUCUAUUACCAAAGGUUGUAUAUAUAUUUCCCCUUUUUACUAUCCUUUUAGAUUUAGUUUUAUAUAUGAAAUACAUGUACUUGUAUUGAGUGAGAUUUAAGUACAUGUAUCCCUGGCAUGGCAAAUAUCUAUGAAAUGAUCCAGUAUAUUUGUGUUAACUGUUUUUGAGGUAUAAUAUAUAUAUUAUUUUGUAUAUUUGAAAGUUAUUGCGAGAGAUGAGCAGAAGUGAUGCAUAAGAUGAUAGUUUAGUAUUUUCUAUUUUAUUAUAUUAACUUACAUUUAAAUUUGUCCCAAAAUAUUGAGUGUUGUAAGAAUGUGUUCAAAUUAAGCAAAUACAAAGAAACUGUUUAUGAAGUAUAUUUUAUUUUAAAGGGCACGAUAAGAGUAACUGCCUAUGUAUACUUAUUAUAUUUCAUGAAUAUCAAAGAAUUAUAAAUUGUAAAAGUUUUAUUUUUCUGCUAAUAAAAUUAUAAACUACAA